UUCCUUGAAACGGUGGUGCCAGUCGCCAAACUUGGAGGCGCCAAAAGCAAAGGCAAAAACGCUGGCCUAAAAGCUAUGCAAAUUGGAACUGGCCAAGUGUUGACUUCCGUCAUCUGCAAAUUAAUUUUUGAAAAUUCCUAGAAAGUUAAGGGGACUUUCCUUUCAGGAUCAAGGAAUUUAUGCAAUUUUUAAGACUUCUCGAUAGCUUUAAACAACAUCCCCAAGGCUGAAAUGUCAUUCGCCUACCAAUAGAUCGUUGGUUUUUUUGAUUACGUCCUCUGAAUAAUUCAAAAACACACAUCUAGGCAGUAAUUUCAUCAAAAUUUCAGUAGACCAUGUCCGGCAAUUUGUUCAAAUGGACUGUUCUUGGCCGGCAGCCAAGAACCGCCGGCUUGACAGCCAAUCGAAGGAUCCUCCGUCUGGCGGACGAUGCGAUUGCCCGGUUUCGUAAGCCAUUUUUCGAGUCCUGGCGACGUCGCCGGCGCUUCGAGGAGUACGAAAAGAGGGAGAUUCCAGCGCGGCAGCAAGUUCCAAGGAUCCGACGCAUUCGCUAUCCGGGAACUAAGGAAAAUCCCUUUCACAGAAAACCCGACUAUUUGCCGGGAAAGGGUGAAGUGCUAGAGCCCACUCGCAUCCAGCCACCUAGGAAUUCCAUGUGCUAUUCUGCUAUAAGAUUCUUUGGUAGCUCCUCCACUGGUGGAGGAUCUGGUGAACCACCGGAGGAUCGUGAGGGAAAGCUUAUCAAGUUCCCUGUGGGUUCUCGUUCGGGAAAGCCGAAAACGGGGAAGAUUGAGAUCUUGGAAAAGAAACCGCUCGAAGCUUCUCAGUCGGAAUUAAUAUCAGGAUUGUCUGGAAAGUCCACAAAGGCUCUGGAUCAAUCGGGAAAAGACGGAAAGGAUGAGGAACCCGAGAAUGUAUUGUAUAAUUCGUUUGCAGAUCAUAUGAGCGCAUCAGGGGAAAUACCUAGGGAUUUCAAUGAUCACUCAGGAAUUCAAUCGCAGCCUCCAGAACGAAGUCAAAGUGGCAGCAGUUCACCAACUGGUAGUAAACCGCCUACUGGAAGGAAUCCGCCUACCAAACCGCCUUUAGGACCCAGUGAUCCUUCAGGUACUCCUCCUAACAAUCCUUUUAAGCCACCGACGAAAAAACCCAAUCAUCCACUAAAGGGAGAAAAGCCUCCCAGUAAACCACCAAUGGCUAAAAAACCUCCCAAGCCUGCAAGUAAAUCACCAACAGGAAGCAAACCUCCCAGUAAACCUCCUACGGGAAGUAAACCUACCAGUAAAACACCUGUAGCAAGUAAACCUCCUGGUAAAGCGCCUACUAAACCUCCCAGCAAACCACCAACUGCAAGUAAACCUCCAGGUAAAUCACCACCUGGACCCAAGGCCCCAACAGGAGGAGGCGCCAGUAAGAAAGGCGGCGCAGCUGGGGGCAAGUCUGGCAAGGAUUCGGGUGGCUCAAGAGUCAUAACCCUAAUGCCGGGCGAUGGCAUUGGACCGGAGAUAUCGAUGGCCGUCAUUAAGAUCCUGGAGGCCGCAAAGGCACCUCUGAUCUUCGAGCCCGUGGACGUGACACCUGUUACGAAUAGCAAGGGUCAGACAACGGUGCCCGAACAGGUGAUCGAAAGCAUGAACCGCACAAAGGUGGGCCUGAAGGGACCCCUGAUGACACCCGUGGGUACUGGCUUCCGCUCCCUGAAUCUCACCCUGCGCCAGCUCUUUAACCUAUAUGCCAACAUUCGACCCUGCAGAUCUUUGCCCGGUGUGGAGACCAUUUACGGGGAGGUGGACAUCGUGACCAUUCGCGAGAACACCGAGGGCGAGUACUCGGGCAUCGAGCACACUCUGGUCAACGGAGUGGUGCAGAGCAUCAAGCUGAUCACGAGGAAUGCCUCCUUGCGAGUGGCCGAGUACGCCUUUCAGUACGCUUUGGCCAUGAAGAGGAAAAAGGUAACAGCAGUCGCGGAAUCACUGGUCAUGCGGAUGUCGGAUGGAUUAUUCCUUCGCUGCGUCCGGGAAAUGGCCGAGAAAUACAAGAGCAAAAUGGACCAAGCGGGCAUUAAGUAUGAGGAAUCCAACAUGACCACCGUCUGCCUGAAUAUCGUCCAGGAUCCCAGGCGAUACGAUAUGCUGGUGCUGCCCAAUCUGUACGGCGACAUCAUCUCGGACACGUGUGCCGGAUUGAUCGGAGGACUGGGACUGACCCCCUCGGGAAAUGUGGGAACCAAUGGUGCCAUCUUCGAGUCGGUACAUGGAACUGCUCCGGAUAUCGCGGGCAAGGAUUUGGCCAAUCCUACCGCCCUCCUGCUCUCCUCCGUGAUGAUGCUGCACUACAUCGGGUUGCACGAACAUGCGGAUAACAUAGAACAGGCUGUGCUGAAGACUAUCAAAGAUGACAAUAUCCGCACCAUGGAUUUGGGCGGCAAGGCCAAGUGCUCCGAGUACACCGACGCAUUGAUCAAGAACCUCAAGUGAUCUCUACGAAUUAAGAUUUAAUAUUUUGUAAAGCUUAAUUAAUAUACAGGCUGUCCUUUGAAUGGUUAUCAGGAUAAAUCUUUUACCGCAAGAUAUUUAAUAAAAUAAUGUCCCCUAUUUA